CACCUGUUUCCCCCUUCUCUCUCCUCUCCAAUAGUACAGAGAGAUUAUCAUUUUGCCUCCUCUUUGCUGCCAAGAACCAUUUCCCCCCAUUUAUCAGCUUUUUUUUUUCCUUUUCUGGGCCUUUUGGUUGAUUUUUACUACAUGGCUUUUGUUGAUUGCCUCUCCGUCAUGCUCCCAAUUUUGUGAUUCUCACAUUCGCAGCUUCUUGGUUGAAGUUUUGACGCAUCAGUGUGUUCCAGAGAAGAUUGAAUCCUUGCUCCAGCUAAUAAAAAUAUUGGGUUAUUGCGAUAGAUCUGUAUGAGCAUUGGCAUGUUAAGAAAAAAAUGGUCCUGUAUUCUUGGCUUAGGGCUACGGGCUCCUGCUGCAUUGAAGUUUUCCAGCUGAAAAGCCUCAUCUUCUGGAACCAUACGUUGGCAUGAGUGACAAUGUUUCACAAACUUUGAUUCCUCUUCAACAAUGUGGUUCGAUUUUGAUUAUCUUUGUGCCGCACUAAUAGGAAUUUAGUAGGAAAGAUUGGAUCUUUAAGCAACCUACAUGCAAAUCAGGGGUGCAUUGAUCUUCCAUGGCAGUGAAUGCUCGUGCAAGGUCGCCGGACUUUGCGCGGCAAUUCUGGCCUGUGCUGUGCCAUGCCUUGAGCGAAUGCUGCCUGAUCAUAAUGCUCUUUGUGACCGCCGUGGUGUCAUUUACGGCGACAAGGUUUGCACGCAUCAGGAGCCUUCGGUCACCAUGCAUUCUGUGCUCAAGGUUGGAUCGGCUCCUACAUGGCAAAGCCUGGUUCUCUGAAGAUCUGAUCUGUGCUGCACACAGGUUGGAAAUCUCGCAUUUGGUGUAUUGUCAGAGUCACAAUAAGCUUGCAAACUCUGAAGAUCUGUGUGAAAGGUGCCUACUUUCAUGUGCUGGUUUGGAUGGUAAUCCCAGUAAUCUGAAAAGCAUGAGAAACAAGGACAAGGUUAAUUCUCGACAAAGGUAUAGGCAUUCACAUUUAUGUUCUUGUUGUUCAGAGCCGUUUAAGAAGGCACACCAUGCACACAAGCUAUCUAAGCGUGCAAAUGGCAUGGUUCCAGAUAAUGAUGUGAACACAGUGAAGGAGAGAAGCAUAGACAUGACUAGUGUAGGGCAUUCUUCAGAUGAAGGUUCUGCUGACUUGUCUUAUGGAGGCUAUAGAAAACUGAAUGCCUGUCAUGAUUCAGAGUCUGAGAUCCGCAUCUUGGAUGACGAUGACGAUGGCAACUCAAUGAUCGAUAAAGCUACACAGAGAAGCAAAGACCUCUCAUUUUAUGAUUUGCAACUGCAACCCAUGAUCAGGAGCACCAACAGUUUGCCCAUGCAUCCUUCUGAGAAUGUUGUUCUUGAAGAGCCGAUGAAUAUAACUCCUCCAGUGCCAGUGAAUCCUGCAACAAGUACUGACUAUGUGGCCACCAGCACCAAUCUUGUUUCCUCAGAAAAAUCUUCAGAGCAUGCUGUUGGACAAGGCUUGGGGGAUAUUAACUGGAGCAAGGACAAUGUAAGUGCCAACAAUCAUGAAGUGCAGGCGAAGAUUGCGCCUGAACAGGUUUGUGCAGAGCUUCCGAAAGAGAAAACUUUUCUGGUUGGUAUUGAGGAAGUCGGUGAUUCAGCGGGUGUUUCAUGGAGCCCUGACGAGGAAACCGCUAAGGGUUUUGUUGCUUCUGCAAAUGCAGGAAUGAGUUCACCUUUAGACGCCCGUGUGAACCGCAACAGCAGUACGAAGAGUGCUUCUGGUGGUAGAAGCAACCUUCAAUCUCCUCGAUGGUCUGAAAUAAUGUCGUCUAAGGAUAAUGAUUCAAGAACUCAUGAAGAAGUGAAGACAUUCCUGUCCCAUAUGUCUUCUGCACGAGGCCUUGAUGGUCCUUGGAGUGAGGUGGCCGCUAGUCCCAGAAUCACACAGAUUAAUGAAAGCAAACAAUUUCUCGAGAGAAACUACUCAAAUCUGGAACCAUUUGAUGUCCAUGUUACUAGUGAAGAUGAAGGUGAAAGCUCACUCGAAAGCCUGAAGCAGAAGGUUGAGUUUGGCAGGAAAAAAAUGAGUAUCCUUUAUAAGGAGCUUGAGGCAGAGCGCAGUGCUUCAGCUGUGGCAGCAAGUGAAGCAAUGGCUAUGAUCAACAGAUUGCAGGUAGAAAAGGCUUCAAUGCACAUGGAGGCACUUCAGUACCUCAGGAUGAUGGAAGAGCAGGCUGAUCAUGACCAAGAAGCCAUUGAAAGGCUGAAUGACUUGCUUACAGAAAGGGAGAAAGAAAUGCUUGAUCUGGAAGCUGAGCUUGAGAAUUAUCGGAGGCUUCAUGAACCAUUUGAUUGCAAAUUUGAUUCUACUAAUGGAGAUAUGGCAUCUGGACUCUUGGAUAGCUCAGAUUUCAUGAGGGAUACCAUGUUUGAUUUUGAGGAUGAGAAGGCAAAUAUUUUGGAAUCCUUGAGCAGAUUGGAGGAAACACUGGGCAUGUCUUCCACAAAUGGGCAUGAUUUUGGUGGCACAAAUGAUAGUCUACAGAAUAGGUCACUAUUGCCUUUGGAACACUUGAACGGUGAACUCGUUUCUUCUGAACAAAUUGAUGAAAACCAACGUGUUGAUUUUGGCUCGUGUUCUCGCCUAGAUGAUGGCAACAUCAAUUCUAUGGCGAGCGUCAAACAUGAGAUUUCACUUCUAAAUACUAGAUUCAUGGCACUUGAAGCAGAUCAAAAGUUUCUCAAGCAGAUAUUAAGCUCUCUUAAAUGUAGUAAUGAUGGAGUAGAGUGUGUUCAAGAGAUAACAACCCAUUUGAGAGAGCUGCGGAGAAUCAUGACCGAGCAAAGAGAGACAGCAGUUUUGUGAUCUCGUAGUUAAUCUCUCAGAAGAACUGAAGUAGGUGCCGUUGAUUGUAACAGCGCCAUGAGUGCUUCAUGGUGGCAUCUCGCUCGGAAGAUUUGACAGAUUAUCAUUUGUGGUC